UCGACUGCUUCACCGGAAAUAUGUGCAGUGGACUUCCUCUCUCUCCUCCGCGGCAGCCGUGGGGUUUAUUAAAGGUUUAUUAACGGAUUAAACGCCAAUUAGAGGAAUAAACAUUCCUCAUCUCUAGUUACCCCAUGGACGACGAAGAGGCGAGUGCUCGUGACUGUAGAGACACGAGAGAGCGUUAUGACCCUUAUAACUGCCCCGGUGAUUAUGACUAUCACACCGGCGACCCUAAAGCUGAUCUGGCGUAUGAACGUCAGUAUGAGCACCAGCAGACGUAUCAUGUGAUCCCUGAGGUCAUCAAGAACUUCCUGCAGUAUUUUCAUAAAACCAUCUCAGACCUGAUCGAUCAGAAGGUUUACGAGCUGCAGGCCAACCGCGUGUCCAGCGAGAGCAUUGAGCAGAAGAUCUACGAGAUCCAGGAUGUGUAUAUCAGCCAGUCCAUUGAAGUAGUCAAUUUAAGUGGGUUUGAUGGAUUUACAACAGCACAUUUAAUGUGUUUCAUGUUGUCAGAUGCUGAUGGACCAGCACCUCUGGAGCUUCCUAACCAGUGGUUAUGGGACAUAAUUGAUGAGUUCAUUUACCAGUUCCAGUCGUUCAGUCAGUAUCGCUGUAAGACGGCCAAGAAGUCAGAGGAGGAGAUCGAGUUCCUGAGGAACAAUCCCAAAAUCUGGAACGUUCACAGCGUGCUGAAUGUCCUUCACUCGCUGGUGGACAAGAGCAACAUCAACGGUCAGCUGGAGGUGUACACUAGCGGAGGUGACCCAGAGUCAGUGGCUGGAGAAUACGGCCGUCACUCUCUCUAUAAGAUGUUGGGUUAUUUCAGUCUGGUGGGAUUGCUGAGGCUUCACUCUCUGCUGGGCGAUUACUAUCAGGCCAUCAAAGUCCUGGAGAACAUCGAGCUCAACAAGAAGAGCAUGUAUUCACGUGUGCCCGAGUGUCAGAUCACCACAUAUUAUUAUGUGGGUUUUGCGUAUCUGAUGAUGAGACGCUAUCAGGACGCCAUUCGUGUCUUCGCCAACAUCCUGCUGUACAUCCAGAGGACCAGAAACAUGUUCCAGAGAACCACCUACAAGUAUGAGAUGAUUAAUAAACAGAAUGAGCAGAUGCACGGGCUGCUGGCCAUCGCUCUCACUAUGUACCCCAUGCGCAUCGACGAGAGCAUCCACACACAGCUGCGCGAGAAAUACGGAGACAAGAUGCUCCGCAUGCAGAAAGGAGAUCUUCAGGUGUUUGAGGAGUUGUUCAGCUUUGCCUGCCCCAAGUUUCUGUCACCCGUAGUUCCAAACUAUGAUAAUGUUCAUCCAGAUUAUCACAAAGAACCAUUCCAGCAGCAGCUCAAGGUGUUUGCAGAGGAGGUGCAGCAGCAGGCGCAGCUCUCCACCAUCCGCAGUUUCCUGAAGCUCUACACCACCAUGCCUGUGGCCAAACUGGCUGGAUUCCUGGACAUGUCCGAGCAGGAGUUUCGCAUCCAGCUGCUGGUCUUCAAACACAAGAUGAAGAACCUGGUGUGGACCAGCGGCAUCUCUGCUCUGGAUGGAGAAUUUCAGUCUGCCUCUGAGGUCGACUUCUACAUUGACAAGGAUAUGAUCCAUAUUGCAGACACCAAGGUUGCCCGUCGCUAUGGAGAUUUCUUUAUCCGACAGAUCCACAAGUUUGAGGAGCUUAACCGAACGCUGAAGAAAAUGCCUCUGACUGGUGCCUCCUCUAGUGCGAGCAACUCCACAUCACGUGCCACAUAAUGCAGAUCCCUCCAGUAGAACUAAUCAAACCCUAAUUUGAUCUGACUGUGAUAUCCACCAAUCACAGGCUAACCCAGACUUCUCAACCAAUCAGGAACCACCUCUGAUACUCUUUUACCAAUCGGAGGCCAUUUCUGAACUAUAAUGUAAGCCCUUUCAGUUCAUUUCACUGACUUGUUCUGGACACAAGUGAAACUGAUGGAAGUCUUGUUUUCUAAAUCAAUACAUUUUGAUGUGGCUGAACUGUAGUUUAGAGUCGUCUGAGUUUACAUCUUAAAUAUAUUGGGUCUGAAACAAAAUUCUUUAUAAACUGUUCUUGUGUAAAUUACCACAUUAAAUUCAGUGACAAUUUAUAUAAUGUUCAUGUAUCAUAAAUGAGGCGCUAAGUAUCUGUUUACACUUACAUUUUACAAACAUGAAGGCCUGCUAUUCUAGUAUAAAUGCCCCUAGGUGACAGAAGAAUCUUUGCAUUCACUUGCAUAAUCUAGCAAGAUGAUUAAAAACAAUACAAAACUACAUUUUUCUUUCCAUUUAUUUUUGACAACUUUGGGUUCACAACAUAUUCCAACAAAAAAUACCUUCCAGUUUGACGGCAACAUUUAUAUGGGUGUCAUGAUUGUGUAAUCGUUUAACUUUUCCAGUUUGAUUUUAAUACACUAUUCAAUAAGUAAACAGGACUUUUGAGAUAGUCUAUUUUCUGUCAGUGCAGUGUGUAUGUGUAUCAUGGGCCGCGUUACUGUCUUUUAAUAUCCUGCUGCUAGGCUUCAAUACAUAAGAGGAAUGCCAUCCUCAUGAUGACUGCUGCUUUGGUCAAUAUUUUAUCAUCUUCAGGACCUUAAGGCAAAACCGUUGCAUAUUUUCUUUAUUCAAACAGGAUCCACAAAGAUUUUCCAUCUACAGCCUCAACGCUGGUGACUAGACAAUAAUGAGAGGGGAAAAAAACCUUACAAAAAAAGGGGAUAUAAA